AUACGAGAACAACCUGGUUGAGGCGAAGAGUCAAGGCAUUAAGAAAGGUUUGGUGAAUGGAGUCUCUAUGGGGGUUGUGUGGAUGAUAUUGUUUCUGGCAUACGCUCUUGGUUUCUGGUAUGGUGCGAAACUGUCUAGGGACGAACCCGACACUUAUACCAUUGGCAAUGUUCUAAUUGUGUUCUUUGCUGUAUUAAUUGGUGCUUUCUCCCUGGGGAACGCGGCCCCUCCCCUCCAGAGUCUGGCGGUAGCUAGAGGAGCAGCUUACAUCGUAUAUGGGCUUAUAGAGCUGGAUCCACCGAUUGAUAGUUACUCAAAGAAAGGCAAGAAGUUGGAGAAUUUUCAAGGAAGCAUUUCGAUACAAGAUGUGCAUUUUAAGUAUCCAUCUAGACCCGAUACAGCGAUUUUGCAAGGUGUUAACCUUGACAUUAAUAGAGGUCAAACUGUGGCCUUGGUGGGGUCAAGUGGAUGCGGCAAGUCCACCAUUGUACAACUUAUACAAAGAUUUUAUGAUCCUGAGCAAGGCUCUAUUAAGAUUGAUGGUACAGACCUGAAGGACAUAAAUAUAAAAUGGUGGCGGGAGCAUAUAGGUAUAGUAAGCCAGGAACCAGUGCUGUUUGGUACGACAAUCGGGGAGAACAUCCGGUAUGGCCGGGAAGAAGUCUCACAGGCGGAAAUAGAGGAGGCCACAAAGAUGGCGAACGCUCACGAUUUUAUCACGGCUCUCCCAGAUAAAUAUGAUACGAUGGUUGGUGAAAGAGGAGCACAACUUAGUGGGGGACAAAAACAAAGAAUUGCUAUCGCACGUGCCCUCGUGCGUGACCCCAAAAUAUUAUUACUGGAUGAAGCCACAUCUGCCCUGGACACAGAAAGUGAAGGAGUUGUACAGGAGGCCCUGGAAAAAGCGAGUCAUGGUAGGACAACUAUCGUAAUAGCCCAUAGAUUAUCCACAAUCAAAACGGCUGAUGUGAUAGCCGGUUUUAAAGAUGGCGUAAUUGCAGAAAAGGGAACUCACUCUGAAUUGAUGAGCAAGAAUGGAAUCUAUCAGAACCUUGUUAACAGACAGAGCAUGAAAAAUGAAGAUGAUGCAGAGGCUGAAUUGUUUGAUGCACCUGAGAAAGGAACGCCAGGCAAGAAACCACUGACUACACAGCAUUCCAUGAUCACAUUCCCAGACCAUAGCAAGAAGGAUGCUGGUGAUAAAAAAGACGAUAAGGAAAAGGAGGAAGAAGAAGUAAACUCUGGUCUGAUGCGAGUUUUGAAGAUGAAUGCAUCCGAAUGGUGGAUAAUAGCUCUUGGAUGUGUUGGCAGCAUUAUCAAUGGUGGAUUAAUGCCCGCGUUUGCUGUAAUAUUUGCUGAAAUUUUAGGGGUAUUUGCCAUUCAAGAUUUGGACGAACAAACGAGGAAGGUUAAUUUAUACGUCCUAUUAUUUGUCGCAUUGGCCGGUGUUAGUCUCGUCUCAUAUUUUCUCCAGGGUUACAUGUUUGGGAGGUCAGGAGAGACACUCACCAUGAGGCUGCGAUCUAUGUCAUUUAGAGCCAUGUUAAGACAGGAAAUUGCUUAUUUUGACGACCAUGACAACUCCGUGGGAGCCUUGUGUACACGGCUGUCAACGGAUGCUUCACAAGUACAAGGUGCAGCAGGUGCUAAACUUGGUUCAAGUUUUAUGGGUCUGUGCAGUAUACUGACUGGUCUGAUCAUUGCAUUCAUCUACAGCUGGAAACUGACGCUCCUCAUAAUUGCUUUCCUACCUCUGAUCAUGAUAGGAGGCGCUCUUCAAAUGCAGAUGUUGGCUGGUGCUGCAGGCAAAAAUAAAGAGGCAUUAGAAGCUGCUGGCAAGAUAGCUAUAGAAUCCAUCGAAAACAUUAGAACUGUUGCCUCACUCACUCGAGAGAAAAUGUUCCGUAGAAAAUUCAAAGCCGAGCUCGAUGUACCUUACGAGGAGGCGUUGAAGAAGGCGCACGUGAUAGGAAUCUCUUUCUCCGUCUCCCAGGGCGUCAUCUUCUUUGCCUACGCAGCCUCGUUCUGGCUUGGCGCAUAUUUGAUCCAACAAUCAGAAUUAGAUUAUGUCGCAGUGUUCAAGGUUUUCUCAGCUAUAGUGUUUGGAGGUAUGGCUAUAGGAGAAGCUAGUUCGUUUGCCCCUGACGCUGCAAAAGCUGAACAGUCCGCUAAGGAAAUAUUUAAACUGCUUGACAAAGAACCAAAGAUAGAUAGCUACUCUGAUAAGGGACACAAACUCCAGGAGGAAAACACAGAAGAAAAGGAGAAGUAUCGUAGUACAAUAGCUUUCUCGGACGUUAAAUUCGUAUACCCGACUCGACCGGAUACACAAGUAUUAACAGGAUUGAAUUUGCUCGUGCCCCAAGGUCAGACGGUGGCACUGGUUGGAAGUUCCGGGUGUGGGAAAAGCACAACUGUACAGUUGACUGAGCGGUUUUAUGACGCAGACGAAGGAGCAGUGUAUCUUGAUGGUAACAAUUUGAAAGAUUUGAACUUGAAGUGGUUGAGGUCACAGAUUGGUAUUGUGUCGCAGGAGCCGAUACUGUUUGACAGAAGUAUAGGAGAAAAUAUCGCGUACGGCGAUAACUCACGAAAAGUGACAAUGGAUGAAAUUAUAGAAGCUGCAAGGAAAGCCAACAUACAUCAGUUCAUUUCCUCUUUACCAGAGGGCUAUGACACAAGUGUUGGUGAGAAGGGAGCACAGCUCAGCGGAGGACAGAAACAGAGGGUGGCCAUUGCUAGAGCCUUGGUCAGGCAUCCCAAAAUACUUCUCUUAGAUGAGGCCACAUCUGCUCUCGAUACUGAAAGUGAAAAGAUUGUACAAGAGGCAUUAGACAAAGCGAGAGAGGGUAGAACCAGUAUUGUUAUUGCCCAUAGACUUUCUACCAUCCAGAACGCGGACAAAAUCUGCGUCAUACGUCAUGGCGUCGUCACGGAGGAAGGCACACACUCGGAGCUUAUGAAGAAACAAGGAUUUUAUUAUAAACUUAACAUGGCACAACAGAGAAAGAAAUAAGGACGAAAUAUGUUAGACAUUUUAAGCUAUUAAACCAAAUAAAUCACUAUGUUUUAUACUGUAAAAGAACUGGGCGCGUUUCAGUCUUAUCAAUUGAGAUCUCUUUUAGAUCGGAAUAUGCAUUGGAAAAAAAUCCUAUGCGUGUUGUUUUAUUUAUUAUUAUCAUAGAUGAAUAUUUUGAUUUAAAUAAAUAUUUUAGAGUUAGUGUUACGCGUGAGUCAUAGGUACUUUUAUUUAAAUAGUUGUGAUAUAUGUACAUUGCUUUAUGGCAGUUAAAGACAUUUUUUCUGGUUUCCAUUCUUAUUCUGUCAUGAUAACAUUAUCUAUAGCAUCGAUCAAAAAUUGUGUUAGUCCUCGAAAAUGAGGAAGGAUUUUACAUAAAUUAUAAUUGGUAUUUUUUCUUGUUAUGUAAUUUGUUUUUAAUGUUCUAUUGUUUAUUUGCACAUGUUAUAUACCUCCGAACAAAACGUUUAAAUCAUGUUUUAAAUGUUCAUACUUUCGUUUAUUAUGUGUUAUAUCAUGGACGAUAUAUAUUUUGAUUCCUUUAUUGUUUUGUAAUGAUCUGAUAUAGACAAUGGAAGAUCUAAUUUUGCAUUUGUGCUGUAAAUUAUUAUCUUACACACAACCUGCGUGUAUUAAUUGAUGGCAUUCCGGCACACGAUACUGUUAGAAAAAUAAAGCUCAAUAAAAUUAUUAUAUCUAUAAUAUCAUUUCGAUAAAGGAUUUUCAAUAAAAGAAUAAAAUACUAGACACAUGGAAUGUUUUGCAGUAGGGUGGAAAUAGGGGUUUGCUGAGUUUCCGCAAAAACAUUUCCGUACCUGACAUUUACAUUGAUAUGAGUACAAUGUUUUGCGGUAGGUUGAAAUGGGGGUCUGCAGAGUUUCUACUAAAACAUUAUCGUACCUGACAUUUACAUUGAUAUGAAUAUAUAAUGCAAUCUAAAUAAGUGUUGGUUUCUUAAACAUUUAAUUUGCUAAUUUAAAACAGUAUUUUAUUACAUAGACAUUAUUGAAAAUUAAUAAAUUACUUUACCGUACGUAUCAUGUAUUUUCAAAGAAUUCAAUUCAUUAUGUUAUUUAUAUAAAUGUAUAACUGAGUUUUAACCAACUAUAAAACAAAAUGUUAAUAUGUUUAACUGGCUGUUUGGGUCAAUGCUGAAGAUCAAGUUCUAUUGUUACAAAAGUAAAUCAUCUAGAUUAUUUUUCCUGUUGUCUGGAGUGAAAUGUGUUGCCAUUAUUAUGUUUUUGUAGCUUGUUUCAUAGGUUUUUAUAUUGAAAAGCACUUCAUCAAACUGGAGAUGCAACCUAUGUCAAAACAAUUUAAUCAUAUUUGUUUGUUUUAGUUGUCCAAAAAUAAAACAAGAAGAAAUGUAUAAUUUUAACAGUUUGUAUCAGAAAAGAAGAUAGACUACAUUUAUUUAUUAUAUAUUUAACAUUGCUAUUUAAACGUAUUUAAAUAUUUUUAUGUAACUGUUGAAUAUAAAACUAAGAGUGUUA